AAAUGUCGGAAACCUCACAUCCAUCUCGCGAUCCAAAAAAUCUCAGCGAACCAUUCGCAGUCAUCGAAUUUCUCGAGAAAAACGAAAAAGGGCUACCAUGCAUUGAUUUGGUGCCGAAAAAAUGGUUUAAUAGUGCAGAAGAAGACACCUGUAAAUUCCCACCGACAACUGAAUAUCAUCUACUUGACGACUACUUGGAAAAAUUGCACUCGCCCAAGGACUCUUGGCAAAGUUAUCCAUUUUGCUUCAUCACCGGAGCAGCUGAUUUGGAUCAGGGUCGCAGAAGAUUAAAAAAGGCCCAAGUAACUCUCAACUGUGAGACAACCGAUGGUGAAAAUGAUCGAAAGGGGGGGAGGUCCGAAACUUCCUCGAAAGCAAAAAUUUCAGCAAAACCCUUAACUGCAUCAAAGUCUCAACUAAACAACAUCUUUAGUACUAAAAUCCCGAUUCCACCUAGAAAUCAAACUCCAAAGUCUGGUAUACAAGCAAAACCAAAGACAAGAUUUCAAAGCAUUUACCAGAGUGGAUCUGACUCUGAAGACGAAAAUCAUGAUUGUCUUAUAGCUAAUCCUGAGGAGAUUCGAGCCUCAAAGGCUCAAAAUAAUUCUGGCUUUUUGCAAAUGUCGAGUAAAUCGCGAUCUGUACCAACAGGUGCAUGUUUAUCAUUUAAACAGCGGUCAAGGAAGAAUAUUACUUUGCUUAAAGACGUCGAAACUGAUGAAUCUGAGAGCAAUGAUUCCUCCGAUGGAAUUCUGCAGUCACCUACAAAAUCGAUGGACUCAGCGAGAAAUACAAGAAAAGAACUUCAUUUGACACCUCCUUCACCACUAGUCCAUAACGCUUCAGGUAACCGAAAAAGGCGUGCAUCGUCUACUACACGCGCUGAAGACGGAUUGAAUUCGAUUGUGAGCCCAGGAACUCCAAAAACUUCACGAUCAAUGAUGGUACCCCCUGCUAAGAUGCCAAAAAUGCUGGGACCACAAAACCAGUUGUCAUCUAGUCAUUAUGCUGAUAAUGAACGUCGAAUCCUGAACUCCCUUCGAGAUUACUUUGAUCAGCAAUUAGAUGAAAAGCUCGAAAAUUUAAGACGCAGGAUGGCUUACGAUUUAAAGCAGUCUAUGAAUGAGCUCAAGACCACAAUCAUUGGCACUAAUCUAGCCCCAGCUUCUGGUCCUAGCUUGCUUGAAAUACAGAAGCAGAUGUCUACGCCACUACUAUUUGAAAUGGAUGAUAAGUUCCAGGAAUACGAAGCGAUAUUGACAACGGACCCAAAUCUCGUAGAAACACUGCGAUUAUUCAUGAGAGUUUUGAUAAGCAAUAAAAAAGAGAUGAAAAUAUGUGUUUCCACUAUCCUAUCUGCGGUUCUGAGGAAGACAGUGUCACUGCACUAUUCUGGUUACGGAAAGGAAGCUGGCGGAAAGAAAAAGAAAAAUUUUUAUAACACUACAGUAUGCAAAGUACUGAUUGAUGUGAUAAUUGAGGUAAUAGGAUCCAGCACUGAUGAGAAGAAGAUAAUGUCAGAAGUAAGUACUUGGUUGUCACGUUCUGGCGAUCGAGAGGGUGGGCGUAAGGAACGACAACGCGGGUCAAGUCAUCAUAACGAGAAUAAUUCAGUUUGUUCCUUUGAUACCAAUCGAUAAUACUUCAUUUUUCCGGGAUAAAUGGAAUUGUAAAAUCACUGUGUUAAUAUGACUCCAUUAGUUCAUUUUCGUAAUUGUAUUAGUUGUGAUAUUCUUGAUAAAAGGUACGAUUAAUAGGAAAAGUUUAUAUUAUCAAUAUAUUUUUAUCGCGAGGCGUUUCAUUGGGCAGAAUAUAUAUUAAUAUAUGAAUAUUGUUUAGUAUUCGGCUGUCAUUGAAGUAUUAAUUAUAUUUAUUAUAUUUCUCCUGGCGAGGUCGGAAAUCCAGAAGAUGGAAAUAACAAUUGGAAAAUGUGAUGUAUCUUAGCAUAAUAAAGUAUUUUCUAUGUCAUUUCCUCAUAAGUUAGAUCACGGGAAUAAAUAUCCGUUGUUGGUUCAGGGAUUAAAUAUUAUGUCCAAAAGUUUAAAGGGAAAAAUAAUAAGUGGAUUUUUAAUUUUUAAGAAAAAUUCUAAUGAAAGUAAUUUCAGCCAUUGAGAGCUGUUUUCAGUAUUUGGUGAUUCAAGUCAAAUAAUAUUUAUAAGGUUGAAGUUUCACAAUCGGACUGCGUCCAUAUUCCCCAAAGAUUUCAAAUUUAAGGGUUGAAAUUAAUUAGUUAUAUGUAAUCCUAUCCAAGACUUUUUUAUAUUUCUAAGUUUGUUUGAAAGAGUGAAUAUAAUAAGCAAUAUUAUAUAGAACUAGCACACAAUCAAUGCAACUAAAUAUCAUUCUGUGUUCCGGAGUUGCAGAUGGAGAAGACAUUAUUGUAAAAAAAGGACGUCUUUCCGAGAUGAAAAAAUAAUUCUUAUCAGGAUAAUUCGUAUCAGCAAUUGUCUAUGGAUAUAAGAAUUAAUUCUUAUCAUCCAUAGCGGAAUAAAUUAUCCAUAAUAUUGCUAUUAUAAUGACUGUUUUCAUGCUUGAAUUGAAGCACGAUAAUUUAUCAAUUCUAAACUACUAAUUUAAAAAAUAACAUUGGUGCGUUAUUUUGUUGGAUAUUUUGUUAAUACAAUCUUCGAAUUCUGAAGACUGACUGCUAAUAUUAUUAGAUUGUAAGAGAGAGUUUAUUAAGACUUAAUAUGGUAUGUCGUAUUAAAUUUCGGAUUCAAAUGAUCUACGUAGAUUAUUUAUUUUAAAAGCGGAUGAAAAUAAUCCACAAAAGAUUUUUCUACAAUUUAUACCUGCAAUCAUUUUUUUGAGUUUUCAUAUUCUGUUCGCGGAAAAAUCUCAUAGUUGUGAUUAUCUUUCAUGAAAAUUGGAGAUACAAACACUGCAUAUCUUUAACUGUUCAACCAAAAUCGGAUGAAAACAUGUACUAUGUCGAUAGGAGGAAAAAAGUUUUUGAUUGGCUGAGUUUUUUUGUCAAUAGAUUUAAUAAAUUUAAAUAUAAGUUUUGUCACAUAAUAAAACUGUUUUCUGUAUAAUGUUGAAGGUAAUAAAUACAUGUCUGCUUAUCA